GGGCGGCUGCGGCUGCGGCGGCGACUGCAGAGGCGCUGCGCCAAGCCGGGCCGGAGUCGUGCGAGCCGGCGGGACUGCGGUGGGCGAGUGGACCCAGCCCCGGGGACACCGCCCAUCCCACCCCUCACCCGGACCCGCAGCCUCAUGGCCAUGUCCUUGCCGGGGAGCAGACGGGCCUCUGCUGGAUCCCGCAGGCGCACCUCUCCACCUGUGAGCGUGCGAGACGCCUACGGCACCUCUUCCCUCAGCAGCAGCAGCAACUCCGGCUCCUGCAAGGGCAGCGACAGCAGCCCGACACCCAGGCGUUCCAUGAAGUACACGCUCUGCAGCGACAACCACGGCAUCAAGCCCCCCACCCCGGAGCAGUACCUGACGCCGCUGCAACAGAAGGAGGUGUGCAUCCGGCACCUGAAAGCCCGGCUCAAGGACACACAGGACCGGCUCCAGGACCGGGACACGGAGAUUGAUGACCUGAAGACACAGCUGUCUCGCAUGCAGGAGGACUGGAUCGAGGAGGAGUGUCACCGCGUGGAGGCCCAGCUGGCCUUGAAGGAAGCCCGCAAGGAGAUCAAACAGCUCAAGCAGGUCAUCGACACAGUCAAGAACAACCUGAUUGACAAGGACAAGGGGCUGCAGAAGUACUUUGUGGACAUCAACAUCCAGAACAAGAAGCUGGAGACGCUGCUGCAUAGUAUGGAGGUGGCCCAGAAUGGCACGGCCAAGGAGGAGGGCACCGGGGAGUCGGCGGGCGGCUCCCCAGCCCGCUCCCUCACCCGCAGCUCCACCUACACCAAGCUGAGCGACCCAGCCGUCUGUGGCGACCCCCAGCCGGGAGACCCCCCCAGCGCCUCGGCUGAGGAUGGAGCCGACAGCGGCUUCGCGGCUGCCGACGACACCCUGAGCCGGACGGACGCCCUGGAGGCCAGCAGCCUACUGUCAUCUGGGGUGGACUGUGGCCCUGAGGAGGCCUCGCUGCACAGCUCCUUCAGCCUGGGUGCCCGCUUUCCUGCCAGCAACACCUAUGAGAAGCUUCUGUGUGGCAUGGAGGCCGGCGUGCAGGCCAGCUGCAUGCAGGAGCGGGCCAUCCAGACAGACAUGGUCCAAUACCAGCCUGACCUGCACACCAUCCUGGAGAAAGUGAGCCAGGCCCAGGGGUGCGGGAGAGUCCCUGAAUGCCGGCAGCCGGAUCCCCACCCCCCGGAGCCUAGAGACCCCAACUCGGCAGUGGUGGUGACAGUGGGUGAUGAGCUGGAAGCCUCAGAGCCCAUCACUCGAGGACCCACUGCCCACCCACAGCCAGGAUCCAGCCCCAACCCCGGGCUGUCUGUGAGCGUGGUGUGCCCCAUGGAAGAAGAAGAUGAGGCCGCUCCCGCCGCAGCCACGGCCGAGAAGGAGCCUAAGAGCUACUGGAGCCGCCACUACAUCGUGGAUCUGUUGGCCGUGGUGGUGCCAGCGGUGCCCACGGUGGCCUGGCUCUGCCGCUCCCAGCGGCGCCAGGGCCAGCCCAUUUACAACAUCAGCUCCCUGCUGCGGGGCUGCUGCACCGUGGCCUUGCACUCCAUCCGCAGGAUCAGCUGCCGCUCUUUGAGCCAGCCGGGCCCCAGCGCAGCGGGCAGCGGCUCCCAGCUCUGAGCAGGCGGGUCUAGGCCAGCACUGACCACUGAUUGUAGUGAUGCUGUUCGUCCUCCCCUUCACACAGCGCCAUGGGCAUCAUCAUAUUUAUUUAGUUUGGGGUUUGAAUUCAUUUUUGCCCCCCUUCUCCCCCGCCCCCGAAGUUAACAGUGUCACGGGCUAGAAGAAGGAGUUGGGAAAGGCACCCCAAAACUCUGGGAGAAAAGAAGGGUGAGGGAGGUCCCAGGCAAGGAGGCACAGCAACUGGACAAACUGCAGACAACACAAGCUGAUCCGGGUCCCCAGCUUGGCCCUCUGUUCACCUGGCCCUUCAGACAGACAGGAUCUUGCUCAGGGAGUCUGGCUGCAUUUAUCUGGGUCCCUCUACUCUCUGUACCAUCUCUGUCCAGUGCCCUCCCCCUGCCAGGCCACUGUCUCAAACCACCCCCUUGCCCUCUGCUGUGCUUCUGGGCCAGAAUUAGCUCCUCAGAUGAAGUCAGCCAUUUCCCCCAGGACUCAGAGAAGGGUCUGGAACCUCUGGGCCUGGGUUAGAACUCUGGCCCCACCACAUGCCUUCUCCCCACUUGCGAUGCAGAAGCACGGCCAUGCCCCCCCCCACACACACACACCAGGCUGCAGGAAAAAACAUGCUGAGCAGGAGGCGCAGAGCAGGGUGGCUUCUGUGUCUGUCUGUCUGUCCGUCCUCCCAGGCUCUCCACAUCGUCCGUUUUCUUCUUAGCUUUGGUGUGCCAGCUCAGUCUCCCCUUAUUGACCACUAAACUCAAGGCAAUCCAGGCUGGGAGCACAUGCAGAGCCCCAGCCACCACGGCUAGCACCACCGACAUGGCGGAGGCUGAUGCAGUGAGGCCAACACAGCAGAGGCUGGCAGGGAGCUCCAGAGGCCUCUGCCUUGGGAAAGGCGGCCUUCGUCUGCAGUCUGGAAGGUGCCGGACUCAGGAAUCCUCAGCUGGUUAAAAAAGCCAGAGGCUGCCACUGUCCCUGGGACUUGCCGGAUACCCUCUGGCCUAGACCCCACUUCCACUUUACCUUGUGUUCACAUCCACCUGCAGGACCUCCCCUGGGGUGCCUGCUUGUUUUCUGGGAUGAGGGUUCCUAAAUCUUCCACCUGUCUGCCCCCCAGAGGAGGCUGGGGAAUCUCCAGGUGUACUGAAGCCAUGAUGUCUGUCCAGGUGAAAGCAGGGUGCCCUGGGCAUGCGUCGCGCGCGUGCGAGAAAGGGCGUGGCCGGUGGGUGGACCCUGUUGCUGCCACUCCCAGCCCUGGCUGGGUCGGUUCACUGUCUCUUCCUCCCCUGGGAUCACAUCCAAGUCCCAGCAAAGCUGCUGAUGUUUAAUGCCUAUGACUAGUUUACCAAGUAAGCCCUCUUCCUUCGCGAGGGCCACCCCCCCCCAAAAAAAAAAAAUCUGGGCAGCACACCUAUUUGCCAGAGGUUAGGCCCAAUUUGGGAUGCUGGAACCUGGCGUCUCACUCACCCCUCUGGCCUCAGGGCCACUUGAGCUGUCUGCCAAGGUUGCUUGCCCUCCCCCUGCUGCCCCGACGGUCAUUGCCUGACUCAGGCUCCAUGCCCUCCUCAAGGGGCACUUGCAUGCACUGGCAGUGGGCCACCAGCCCAGCCCCUGGGAUGUGAGCUUCCCUGCCACGCACUUUGUGCCUCUAAAGCUCCCCCGCCCCCACACCUGGACCGGAGCCUCAGACCAGCCAUCUUGGGGGGGAGCACCACCCAGCCCCAGCUGGACCCAGCCCAGAUGCCUCUGGGACCUGACUGGGGCUGUGCCACGGAGGGACAAAAUGAAUCCAAAGAGGCCAGGAUUAGCCACGGACCCAGCCUCCUGUGCCGUGUACUCCUGGGGCUGCAGAGCAUCUCCUUAGAAACAGUCAAAGCUUUGCUGAGACAAUAAAUGUAUGAACUAUAUUUGACCACGGAGGGGGGG